UCCACCUUCUGCUUUAAGGCCAGGCCCCGUGGCCACUCUGGACCUUUUGCAAGAAGCAGCAGCAGAGCCAUGAAGGCCGGCCAGCUUGCCAUUCUCUCCCUGGCAGGGCUGGUGGCCACCUGGGCCGCAUUGCCCUCCGCGGCUGGACAGACAGACGUCUGCACCCUGCCCAAAGACGCCGGACCCUGCGACGCCGUGUAUCCCCGCUGGUUCUACAACUGGAGUGGUCGGAAGUGUGAAAAAUUCACCUACGGAGGGUGCGGAGGAAAUGGGAACAACUUCAAGACUCUGGAAAAGUGUGAAGCUACAUGCAGACAUCACGGGCUUCCCUCUGGAGCGCCCGGUGAGUGUCCCGAGAUCCAUGGCCCUGGGCUCUGCGUGGAGUUCUGUGGAAGCGACGACGUGUGUGGCCCUGGGCAGAAGUGCUGCAGCAACGGCUGUGGACACACUUGCAUGGACGUCACAAGAGGAUCCCGCUGAUUGGACUCCAGGGAGGAUGGACGGCUUUACAAGACUUCUCACCCCGCUUCUCUUUGUGCUUUAUGGGAAGAUGCACACGGCACUGGCGGGGGAGAGGCGCACGCAAUAAAAUCUAUCAGAGCUGCAUAAUAGC